UCAGCGGCGCCUGGGCUGCCCCUCCCCCUCCCCAACUCCGUGCGGUGAACACGGCUCCUUUAAAGCCCCGCGCGUCCUCCUCCCCUUGCAGGCAGACGCCGGGAUUGCACGGACCGCGGGACCGGCUAGCCGGAACGUUGUGCGCCUGCGCAGUCGGGAAGCGCAGGGGCCGCUCGGCGGGGGCCGCAACCAGGAUGGCGUGCGCUCCGGCGGCCCUCGGUCCCCGCGCGCUCUGGGCGGUUGCCUGGGGACUCCUCCUGCUGGUCCCCGUGCCUGCCGGGGCGCAGCGUGGCAGGAAGAAAGUCGUGCACGUGCUGGAGGGCGAGUCCGGCUCCGUGGUGGUGCAGACGGCGCCCGGGCAGGUGGUGAGCCACCGCGGGGGCACCAUCGUCUUACCCUGCCGUUACCGUUACGAGGCGGCCGCCCACGGCCACGACGGCGUCCGCCUCAAGUGGACCAAGGUCGUAGACCCUUUGGCCUUCGCCGAUGUCUUCGUGGCUCUGGGUCCCCAGCACCGAGCCUUCGGCCCUUACCGAGGGCGGGCCGAGCUGCAGAACGACGGGCCCGGGGACGCCUCCUUGGUCCUCCGAAAUGUCACCCUGCAGGACUACGGACGCUACGAGUGCGAGGUCACCAAUGAGCUAGAGGAUGACGCCGGCAUGGUCAAGCUGGACCUGGAAGGAGUGGUCUUCCCCUAUCACCCGAGUGGAGGCCGCUACAAGAUGACUUUCGUGGAAGCGCAGCGCGCUUGCGCUGAGCAGGACGGCAUUCUGGCAUCGGCCGAGCAGCUGCACGCAGCGUGGCGGGAUGGCCUAGACUGGUGCAGCGCCGGAUGGCUGCGGGAUGGCUCCGUGCAGUACCCAGUGAGCCAGGCCCGGGAGCCCUGCGGCGGGGCUGGGAGCCCUGGGGCCGCUGGGGGCACCAACGGGGGCGUGCGCAACUAUGGCUAUCGCCACAACGCUGAGGAACGAUAUGAUGCCUUCUGCUUCACGUCCAACCUCCCUGGUCGCGUGUUCUUCCUGAAGCCUCUGCGGCCGGUGGCCUUGGCCGGGGCGGCUCGGGCUUGCGCAGCUCGGGGUGCCACGGUGGCCAAGGUUGGGCAGCUGUUCGCCGCGUGGAAGCUGCAGCUGUUGGACCGCUGCACUGCAGGCUGGCUGGCCGAUGGCAGCGCGCGCUACCCCAUCGUGAAUCCGCGCACUCGCUGCGGGGGCCCCCGGCCGGGCGUGCGCAGCCUCGGUUUCCCGGACGCCUCCCGACGCCUCUUCGGCGUCUACUGCUACCGUGCUCCAGGUGCCCCAGACCCGGCCCCAGGAGGCUGGGGCUGGGGCUGGGCCGGCGGAGGAGGUUGGGCAGGAGGAUCAAGGGACCCAGCUGCCUGGACCCCGCUGCGUGUCUAGAACCAUGAGAACGGGCGUUUGUGGAUGUUGAUGGCUGAACCAGGGGCUCUGCACACCCCCUGGAGACAGACUACUCACCAGGAAUCCCUUGGAUACAUGACAGCCUGUGGGGCAUUGCAGGCUAACUCAGCUACCUAUGGUCUUUGGACACUGACCACACCUCCUGAGGUCUGGAUACAUGACUUACCCCUGCAGUGCGCUGCAAGCUGACACACCUGUUGUGUCCUUGGCCGUUGACUGUGCCGCCUUCUGAGAGACUCUGACAGUGGCCAAGCCCACUUCUUUGGAUAGUGGAUGUCCCGUCUUCCAGACUUUGUCUAGAAGAGCCAUGCUCUCCCCCAACCCCCAGGGUCCCAAUACACCAGCAGGACCCCCACGGUUUCUGUGGCCCUCUGGAAAACAGUCCCCCUCAGUCACCUGGAGGCUGGACCCCCAGGAUUAGCUGGAGACUGGCCACACAAGCCCUGUAUAUCCCAGGAGAUGGACACUGGUCUUGGACAGUCAGCUAGCUGUCCAUUGAAACAGAAAACUGUGUAUGGGUCACAAGGUGACCGUGCCCUGUGCCGGCAGGUGACCCAGAGACUCCGUAUUCCCACUCUUCCAGAGAGUCCUUAUAAGUUUCCAAGGUAACAUGCCUUGUCCCCAGUCACUAUGGAGGACAGCCCCAACACCUUUGGCUUUAUGGGAGAAUGUCCCCAGCUGGCUCCCAGGAACAGUGGCCAUGCCUACCCCUCAGGUAUUUCUCUGGCCAGAGAGUAGACUCACCUGAAUGCCCCUUCCCAGGCUCCUUGGGGCUGUCACCAAAGAGAUCAUUCCCGCAACCUCAAAAGCCCUGAAGUUCUCACUUGCCAUAGAGACAUGCUGCUCGGCUUCUUAAGAUAACCAAGGCCGCUAGUGCAGCUUUACCUGUCCUCUGACUAGCGCACCCGUCGAGAUGGCACAUCCUGCUUUCCUCUGUAACCAUGGAUACCACACUUCCUUUCCUCUGGCCUAGAGACCAGACACCUGCCACUCCAUUUCUGCCUGUCCCCACCCUGAUGAACCACUAUGGAGACUGUCUUCCCCCGCUGAAUGUCCUCAGGGUGACCCAGCAUUAAUCUCCAUGGAAACAAGCUGCCCCUUUCCCAAGGUGCACCUCCAGCUCUUCUCAGCUGUCUAAGUCCCGCCCCCAGACAGCUUAGAUCUCACAGCUGUUGCCAUGGAGACCAAACUCUGGUGUCCAAGGUAACAACACCUGUCCCUCCAAGGCUUUCCCUCUAGGGUCCGGUCCUGCUCAGCUGUCUCCAUAGAAACCAUCACUGUCUCCUUGACAACUGACCUGCAGCUCUCAGGAACUUCUUGCCAUGGUCAGAGAACCUCUGAGUGAGCUGCCUACUGUGUUCCUCAGGGGCCUGAUGAAUGUUUUGUUCAGAUGGGCCCAAACAGGUCUCUGCUUCUGGAGCAGCUGGCUGCCACCAUUCAUUUGCACGCUAACUCUGUUUCAGGCAGCCGCUGGGCCCAAGCCACCACUGCAACCCCAGCCAUCAUUUUAAAUUAUCACCCUGCAGGUGGGGAAACUGAGGUUGUGGCACUGCACACGGCCAGAGCUUUUCUUCCUUGGAGAUCAAGGAGGGUGGACUGUCUAAUUCAGUUUCUGAGGGCCCGUGUGUGCUCAAGGGUCAGGACCAGCAUCCAAAGACAUCCACAGACAGAGCCAUCCCAGACGCAGGAGCUCCCAGCUCUGAGGUGCUGCUUGGAAGCAAGUGCCCUUGCCGGCACCCUCCUGCCUGUCCCAUCCAUCUCUGCAAACCCACCUUUGAGUGAGGAAGCUGUGGGCUCCAGCCGCAAUUUUUGUUGUAAAAUGUUUGACCAAGUGACAGAAUUUGCCCAGGCUGUUUUCUUCUCUGGGCCAGGAUUGUGCUGAGGUCCCACAAUGCAGCCUGCAGCUCGUGUUCAAUAAACCUUUGUUCCUUUGGAUGAAUGAGAAA